UAAAUUUCAAUAUGUAACAAAAUUUUUUUCAGUGUUUUCAAUGAUUUUAAGUUAGUCCUACCAAAUCAACUAAAUUAUUCAGUAAGCAGCUGAGCGUAUUGUAUCACGAACUGCGUAUAAAAUAAAACAAGAAAAAACAAAGUCAUCGUUAAAAUAAAUCAAAAUAUUAGAAAGAAAAAUGUUUCAGUUUAGUGGUUUUAAUAUGGUGUUUCCUGAGGGUGGGAGACAUUUCAAAGUAAAUUACAAAUGUUACUCUGUGUCGAUGUUACCGGGAAAUGAACGACAAGAUGUAGAGAAGGGAGGAAAAAUUAUUAUGCCACCAUCAGCUUUAGAAAUGCUAACUCGUUUUAAUGCAGAAUAUCCAAUGCUAUUCAAGUUGACUAAUGCCAAGAAAGCACGCGAGUCACAUGCAGGCGUACUUGAAUUUGUAGCGGAUGAAGGAAAAUGCUAUAUACCUUACUGGAUGAUGGAUAAUUUAAUAUUAGAAGAAGGAGACACUUUAACAGUAGAGAAUGUUUCGUUGCCGGUAGCGACUUUUUCAAAAUUUCAACCACACAGUACUGAUUUUCUAGACAUAACUAAUCCAAAAGCUGUACUUGAGAAUGCUUUGCGUAAUUUUGCUUGUUUAACAGCUGGAGAUGUAAUUGCUAUUAAAUAUAAUAAAAAGAUAUAUGAACUUUGCGUAUUGGAGACUCGUCCUGGCAAUGCGGUCACUAUAAUUGAGUGUGAUAUGAAUGUUGAGUUUGAAGCUCCUGUUGGAUAUAAGGAGCCGAGUAAACCAAGAGAUGAGCAACCCCAGGAGGUAACUCAAGAUAAUGUAAUGGAAGAAGUUGUAGAAACCUUUCAAGGUUCUGGUGUACGCUUAGAUGGAAAACAAAAGAAAGAGAGUCAGUUAAAUAAUCCAGUCAUCAGGAAGAUAUUGCCACGCGGGGUUCCAGAUUAUGACUUCAAAUUUGGAUCUUUAAAAUUUGAUCGUUCAGUAAAACCCAUAAGUGAAAGGGUUGCCAAAAGUGAGGAAGAAGACAUGGAAUCAAAUAGUUUUCAAGGAGAAGGAUUUAGCAUGAAAAAAUCUCGAAAAUAAUUCUAAAUCUAUAAAAUACUU